AAGAAGGCCAAGCUGAAGGCCGCGGGUACGGCCAGCCCCUGGGGGAAGCAGGACCUCUCGGCCGCCGCAGCUGCCGGCAUUUUCUGGGCCUCUGAUGUGGAGCCGUCUCCUCUCAACCUCUCCUCGGGCCCAGAGCCAGCUCGAGACAUCCGCUGUGAAUUCUGUGGUGAGUUCUUCGAGAACCGCAAGGGUCUAUCAAGUCACGUACGCUCACACCUGCGGCAGAUGGGCGUGACCGAGUGGUAUGUCAACGGCUCACCCAUUGACACACUACGGGAGAUCCUCAAGAGACGGACCCAGUCCCGGCCUGGCGGCCCCCCUAACCCACCAGGGCCGAGCCCGAAAGGCCUGGCCAAGGUGGUGGGCAGCGGAGGUCCUGGCAGCUCGCUGGAAGCCCGCAGCCCCGCAGACCUUCACCUCUCACCCCUGGCCAAGAAGUUGCCUCCGCCACCAGGCAGCCCCCUGGGCCACUCACCAACUGCCUCUCCUCCUCCCACGGCCCGGAAGAUGUUCCCAGGCCUGGCUGCACCCUCCCUGCCCAAGAAGCUGAAGCCUGAACAAAUGCGGGUGGAGAUCAAACGGGAGAUGCUGCCAGGGGCCCUUCAUGGGGUGCCACACCCAUCAGAGGGUCCCUGGGCGGCACCACGGGAAGACAUGGCCCCCCUGAACCUGUCGUCCCGGGCAGAGCCUGUGCGUGACAUCCGCUGUGAGUUCUGCGGUGAGUUCUUCGAGAACCGCAAGGGCCUGUCGAGCCACGCGCGCUCCCACCUGCGGCAGAUGGGCGUGACCGAGUGGUCUGUCAACGGCUCGCCCAUUGACACGCUGCGGGAGAUCCUCAAGAAGAAGUCCAAACCGUGCCUCAUCAAGAAAGAGCCGCCAGCCGGAGACCUGGCCCCUGCCUUGGCUGAGGAUGGGCCUCCCACGCCUACUCCUGGGCCUGUGCAGGCCCCCCUGCCACUGGCGCCAAUGGCUGGCCGCCCAGGCACACCAGGAGCUGGGCGGGCCCAGGUUCCUCGAGAGCUCAGCUUGGCACCUAUCACUGGUGCCAAGCCCUCAGCCACUGGCUACCUGGGCUCAGUGGCAGCCAAGCGGCCCCUGCAGGAGGACCGCCUCCUCCCAGCAGAGGUCAAGGCCAAGACCUACAUCCAGACCGAACUGCCCUUCAAGGCAAAGACCCUCCACGAGAAGACCUCCCACUCCUCCACUGAGGCCUGCUGUGAGCUGUGUGGCCUUUACUUCGAAAACCGCAAGGCCCUGGCCAGCCACGCACGGGCGCACCUGCGGCAAUUUGGCGUGACCGAGUGGUGUGUGAACGGCUCACCCAUUGAGACACUGAGCGAAUGGAUCAAGCACCGGCCCCAGAAGGUGGGGGCCUACCGCAGCUACAUCCAGGGCGGCCGCCCCUUCACCAAGAAGUUCCGCAGCGCCGGCCACGGCCGUGACAGCGACAAGCGGCCACCCCUCGGGCUGGCACCCGGGGGCCUGGCUGUGGUGGGCCGCAGCGCUGGGGGUGAGCCAGGGCCUGAGGCUGGCCGGGCAGCUGACAGUGGUGAGCGGCCUCUGGCAGCCAGCCCACCAGGCGCUGUCAAGGCCGAGGAGCACCAGCGGCAGAACAUCAACAAAUUUGAGCGCCGACAAGCCCGCCCUCCAGAUGCCUCUGCAGUACGAGGGGGCGAAGAGGCCAAUGAUCUACAGCAGAAGCUGGAGGAGGUGCGGCAACCCCCGCCCCGGGUCCGGCCGGUCCCCUCCCUGGUACCCCGGCCCCCCCAAACAUCACUGGUCAAAUUCGUUGGCAACAUCUACACUCUCAAGUGCAGGUUCUGUGAGGUGGAAUUCCAGGGGCCCCUCUCUAUCCAGGGAUACAUCCUGGAGAUGAAUUUCUCCAACGUGGACCCCCCGCCUGAGGAGCCCCGGGCCCCGCAGGCACAGACAGCGGCGGCAGAGGCGCCCUAACACAA